AUGAACGUCCGUUAUGGUAUGAGAAGAAUCCAAAACCCGAUCGUAGUGCUCUGUUUCUGGGGUCAAGACUCAUUAAGUGGAAAGCCCAUUUGGUUUGAUGAAGUUGCAGCAGAAUAUGAAGCAUGUCGAGAACGAGUCGGAUUGAUCGAUAUGAGUAGUUUUACCAAGUUUGACAUAACGGGUCCCGAUGUGGUGCAUUUUCUACAGUAUCUUUGCUCAGCUAAUAUUGAUAGACCAGUUGGUACUACAAUAUACACUGGUAUGCAGCAUGAACGAGGUGGUUAUGUGACCGACUGCACUCUGAGUAGGCUCACUGAAACUAGUUACUUCAUGAUUGCUCCAACGAUUCAGCAGGAGCGUUGCACAUCGUGGAUGAAAUACUGGGCUAAGAAGAUGAAUGUCAACAGUUCAUAUCAGGACGUGACAGGCAUGUAUACGGUGCUAGACGUUGUGGGACCAUCAUCACGCUACUUAAUGGCAGACGUGACAGAGAUGUCGAUGAGUACUCAGGAUUUCCCUACAUUCCGGUGCCAGGAAAUCAACAUUGGAAUGGCUACUGGCAUUCGAGCGAUCAGUGUCACGCAUUGUGGUGAACUUGGAUGGGUUAUUUAUAUACCUAAUGAGGUAGCACAGAACGUGUACGAGCGACUAGUGGAGGCAGGCCGAGAGUACAGUUUGAUGCACUCAGGCUAUUACGCUUUACGACAAUUAAGGAUCGAAAAGUUUUACGUGUACUGGGGCCAAGAUAUCAAUGCCACGGUGACGCCAGUUGAGUGUGGACGAUCCUUCCGUGUAGAUUUCAAGCCAGACGAAUAUGAAGCGUUGCGGCAUGCUUUCCGGGUUGACUUCACUAAAGACUUCAUUGGGAAGGAGGUCCUCGUGAAACAGCUCGAACGUGGAGUUUCGAAACGAUUUGUGCAACUGCUAGUGGACAAUCAUGACAAAGACGUGGAUCCAUGGCCCCAAGGAGGCGAAAUUGUGUAUAGAGAUGGAAAACCUGUAGGUAGGACGACAUCAGCGGCAUACGGGUUCACCUUAGGGUGUCAGGUAUGCACAGCCUAUGUGGAAAACAAAGAUUUUGGAAUUUCACCAGAUUUUCUGAAUCGAGGCAUAUACGAGCUGGACAUAGCGGGGAAACGUUUUCCCAGUUCGAGUGAAUCUCCAUUCACCCUCUCUACCAAUGAUCUCUUCUGA